AGGCAGCACCGCAUAGUCCUGCCCCACCAGGAAGACGAAGGGAAGUUAAGGACACGCAAUCUGUGACUGGGAUUCCCCAUUUUGAACCUCUCCACUUCAAGACCAGGGAGGAAGAAGAGGCCAAAAAGGGAGGGAAUCCAUUCAUCCACAGUGACAGGGACAACAUCUGUUCACCAGAAUGGACAGCCAGGAGGUGGGGGAUUUACUGGAAGAGGGUCUCAGAGCAGCAGCAGGAGCUCAGCGGUCCAACCAGCCCACAGAGGACGAGAGGCUGGACUACUGUAGCUGCAGAGACUUGCUGUGUGAAGAGCUGGCCUCUCUCCUGCAGGAUGCAAUCGACAUGAAGUGGCCCUUUGUGCCGGAGAAGUGGCAGUAUAAGAAGUCUGUCCUUGCAAAUGACAAGACAAACCUCAGUGACCUCAUCAGCAAACACCUUUCUCAGCUGCUGGCUGUUUUAAAGGCUUCCAUCAUGGCUCAGGAGGCAUGCACCGCACUGGCAGUCAUUUUCUUAGUUGACCGCUUCCUUUACUGGACUGACGAAUCCAGCCGGCUGCUGAAGAUCACCAGGAUUCUCCAUAAACGGCACCCUGACGCCCCUGUAGCCCCCCAGCUGGUCAUACGACAGGCCAGAGUCUACCUGAACUCUGGCAAACUGCAGAAGGCAGAAUACAUACUGAGCAGUCUUAUUAACAACAGUGGAGCAACAGGUUGUUGGGCGUACCACUCUGAAAGCGACCGGGCUCUUGUGCAGGCCGUCAGUGUGCAAGUGCGGGGAAUGAUUUUGCAAAAGCUCGGCCUGUGGUUGGAGGCUGCAGAGCUCAUGUGGGCGUCUCUAGUUGGAUACUACGCUCUUCCUCAGCCCGAUAAGAAGGGCAUCGGAACAUCUCUUGGAAUACUUGCCAACAUAUUGGUGUCAAUGAAUGAUGAAGACUACAACACCUUCAGGCAAAACCCAGAUAUUGAUUUGUCUUUACUUGGGGAUGACAGUCACCGCCUUCUUUCAGCAGCCCAGGCAGCAAAGAUGGCGGUCGUGUACAGCCAGUACACGUCACUCUAUGUGUUGACAAAUGUGACAACUCAAGGCACCUGCUUGUUAUCACACAGUUUCUCAGUGCGGUGCCCUUCCCAUCAAAGGCAGUCUUACCUCCAACAAGCCAAAGAGGCUUUUGAGAUCGGCCUGCUCACCAAAGCAGAAGGCGAGCUUGUCUCAAGUAAGCAGGAACUCCACACUUUCAUCAAGGCCGCCUAUUCCCUCACUGUCACUCACAAGUGGCUCGGCACUCCUCUGGAGGUGAUCGUGCAGGCAACUCAAGCUUGUCAGAAAGCUUUGGCAACCUUCUAUGAUUACUGCAAGGCUGAUACUCAAGACAAAGAUGACCUCUGGGAAGAAAUCAUGCAUCUGCUCACCCGAGUCAAGCUUCUAUUGAAGGUGGAGCCUUUCCUUAACUCAGACAAAGGCUUUUUUAUCCCCGACAGCUACAGAAACAUCACGGACACGUCAGUAAAUUUUACUUUGGAAGGUUUCAAAAAGGUGAUUCAGAGGUUCAGAAAGUAUCAUGCAUCACUGUGUGAGACGACCAACUCCUGCUGUAGUGGGACUGGGGACAAGAGGGAUGGGGCGAGGCUCUGUAUCACCGCACUGGGGACGACUGUUGGUGCCCCAAAAACUGAAAGUAGCACUGAGUCCCACAGUGUGACAAAAGAUGCACCCAAUGGAGAAGAACCACAACACCUUCCGCUAAAGUCUAACUUGGGUACCACUCUGGAAAGCACGGACGACCUUGGAUCUUCAUGGCACAACAUCUCCUUGAGUAGUUCAGGGUCUCUGAGGCUAAGCAAUGACAACAACACAGGGAAUGUUGCUGCUGAUUGUGCUGCAUAUGCUCGUUUUCAAAGCUGUGUGACUACUGAGGUUGAUGGGGAUGACAACAUGUCAGAGUCCGCAGAGAAAAACAGGAAGCAAGAGUUGCAGGAUUGUAACUCUGGUUUUGGUUCCCCUACAGUCCCAAUGUCUGUUACUUCCUCAAACAGCAGUAAUCCAGAGAAGUCUGAAAUGGCUCAAGCUGAGACUCUUGGGACUAAGGAUUUGAUGACUGGUGUUGUUGGUUUGCCGCUGAAACCAUCAGUAGGUGAAGGAGCUGUAGAAUCCCUAUCUCAGCUAACCCUCAGAACCUCCUCCAGCUCCCUUGGUGACAGUUUUGGUUCAAAGUCAUCAUGGGAGAAAAUCUCACUUGACCCGAACUCCCCCAUAAGCAGAAUACCUCAGGCACAUAGCCUAUCCCAAGCUGGAACCCGCCAAGUCUUCAAGACACCAGAGUCCCAUGAGAGCAUCUUCCUCUUGGAAACUCUUGAUACUCAAAGCUCUGAUUCAGCUGUUGGUCCAACACACAAAACCCACACAUCUGAAGUGGAAUCUGAAGCCUUGUCCAAGCCGAGACCUCUUAGGACAGACAUGGACCCCAAAGUUGACAACAUAUCUUUUAAACCUGCUACCAAGGAUUUCUUACCAAAUCCAAUCCCACGGCAAUCCCAGUUUGUCCCAGAACAGUGUUUCUCCACUGACACUUCCACAGAGAGUUCAUUUGAGAUGCUGGAGGAGAAUCACAGUGGACACCGAAGCAGUGGAGAUGUUUCAGCAGAACAUGUGAACCUGCCUCAGAGCAGGAACCCCUCUUGCUACAGCUGCCUGAAACGUAGCAUCGGCGUGGUCCCUGAGAGCCAGUAUGUGUUGUCACAGCAGGACUACCAAGCCCUACUGGCCGGAGUUUGCCAUGGAUGUCUGCUGAAGAGAUUACAAAGUGACAAGACACGAUUCCAACUCAAGAAGCACAGUGCGACCCAUUGUGCUCUUCAUUUGAAGUUCUCCAAAGCCACAGGGCUGUGGACCGCCAGAGAGACCUGCGUUCACAUCGGGGAGUCAAUGGGGAUGGAAGGCAACCAGAGAGCGGCAAUAUGGGUACAGUUCUUACACCAAGAGGAACGGUUGAGCAGUUACGUGGGGAAAGAUUACUUGAAGCCAAAGGAGAUCCAGUUUCACCUGAAGGAUGUGGAGCGCCAGAUGACAGCCCAGUACUACGUGACUGAAUUCAAUAAGAGUCUUUACGACAAGGAAGUCAUGGCUCAGAUCUUCUUCAUUCCCUCGGAGGCACUACUGAUUUUGGACAGAGAUGAGAUAGUGGGUUGUGUAACAGUGGAGCCCUACAUGCUCGGAGAUUUCGUCAAACUGACCAACAACACGAGAAAGAAGGAGGAGAGGUUCCAGGCUACAGAAUACGGCCUCGCCUUCGGACACUUCACCUACCUGUUUUCAGAAUGUCAGGAAGUGGUUGUAGACUUGCAAGGGUGGGUGACAGCCAACGGCAAAGGGCUGACCUACCUCACUGACCCCCAGAUUCACUCCACCAAGACCCCUAAAGGCCCCUCUAACUUUGCUGCCAGAGGCCUCAGGUACUUCCUGGAGGAGCAACAUGGACCAGAGUGCAACGACAUCUGUGAGCUGCUGAAAUUACCUCCAGUGGUCAUAUAGCCGCAUGUUCUGCUUUAGAGACUUUGGAAGAGUAAUCUAUUUAACUUCUGAACAGUAGAUACAUGGUGUUUAAGAUUCUGAGACGGUGUUUUCAUAGCUUGUUGUUUUUAUUCACAACUAAAACAAAGAAAUAUAUUCUAACGGCCAAAUUCCACCAGAUCUGUGUCUGUCUCCGA